GUAACCCUAUAUGUGAGUGAAGGAAUUUUUAAGAAAUAGAAAGAAGUCGCUAAUUUAUGCGAUACGGCGUCUUCAUUUUGAGUUUCAAUUGCUUAACUUUUUAAAGACAGUUGCGAAACAUUACGCUGUGCCCUUGUAGAACGGAUAGAGAUAGUUCUUUAGAGGGCUAUAGUUCUAAUAAAUAAUAGGUAUUUAGAAUAUAUAUCCAAAAUGGGCGAUCAACAGUUUUUCCUGAAAUGGAAUGAUUUUCAAACGAAUAUGGUGACUUCGUUCAGGCAUUUAAGGGACGAGAAAAGCUUCACCGACGUGACACUAGCUUGUGAAGGCCAAACAUGCAAAGCGCACAAAAUGGUGCUCUCAGCGUGUAGUCCAUACUUUAAAAGCUUAUUAGAGGAGAACCCAUCGAAGCACCCCAUAAUAAUCCUGAAGGACGUGUCGUAUCUACACCUGCAAGCCAUCCUGGAGUUCAUGUACGCGGGGGAAGUGAACGUGUCUCAAGAGCAGCUGCCAGCCUUCCUGAAAACUGCUGCACGCCUCAAGGUGAAAGGUUUAGCUGAGCCGCCGCCACAGAUGCCCAGCAUCAAGCGGGAAGGCUAACAGCAGCCUCCGCACCUGUCCCCGACCACAGACCCUGGGGCCCUGGCAGUUUUAAAUCCCUGACGUUUUGAUCCUAUCAAACAAUAGGACUGUAAGUUAGAUACUAACUCCUUAUUCAUAAGCCUCAAUUAGUUAAUCUAUGUUUUAUCUCUUUCAAAGUCAUGAGGAAAAAUUGCAGAUUUAGGCCGCAAUUGGACUAUCAUAUAAGAACAAUCAUAGAUGUGGUCAUUUAAAUAUGAAGAACAUAUGAUGGUCUAAUAUAUAUGAUUAAUAUACUCUGGAUAGACGGGGGCAAUUUAGAUUUGACAAUAGUGCAAAGACAAAUGAAAGUUGAAUAAAAAAAAAACAAGCAGAUAUGUCUGCAUUAUUAUUUAUUUAAUUUGCAGACAUAUCGGAUCAUCAUAUAAUUUUAAGAGACCCUGAGACAAACAACGUGUGCUUCUUAUGGAAUAUAUUGGAAAAGUCCAAUGAGUACAUCACAAAUUCGCUAGCCUAAAUUAAUUAUUUUUUGAUUACAGUGCCACCUAUGAACUGCCUAUGGAACUACGUACCCUUGGAUGCGUAUAAUAUCGAUUAUCGAUAAGCCAUCUAGGGUUCGAUAAAAUAUAAAAAAGGGUCAGAUAGUUGGCGCUCUUAACUGCGCAAGUUAACAUUUCAUUUGCUUUUGCACUAUUGUCAAACGUAAAUUGCCCCCGUCUGCCCGGGGUAUGAUGAUUGAUUAUGAAUUAUAUGUUGUUACUACACCGUCAUAUGUUUUUUGGCCUAAGACCAACGCUGAUAUGCUAAUUGAGGCUUUCUGCGCUUUUAUGAAUAACGCCAUAACCAAGACUUUCAUGAAAUAGUAUCUUAUUCUGAAUCAAUGAUUCAUGGAUGCAUAAAGAUGUGUCAAGUCUAAGAAAAAAUAUAUUCGAAGCACGAAUUUGUCUUAGACAUUACACAUCUUAUAUUAUCAGCUAAUCUUUGUUAAUAUAGAUAUGUCAUCUAUUACACUAUGGUUUUUUUCUGUAUGAUUAUACAAAACACUAGUUAAUUUGACAUGGACAAUAUUUAUCAAACAUUGAUAAUGUAUCUAUUAAAAGCUGUUAUGAUUAACAGGAUAUCCCAUUUAUUGUCAAAAAGUACACCUGAUUAAACAGUCUAUGCAUGUUUUGCAAUUUUCUAUCAAAAUAAGACGUCAAUGAUUCAAAACUUCGCAAUGUGGUCUCAGGCAUUCAUGAAAUUAUAUUUGACAUAAAAUAUAUCAAAGAUACUUACACCCACAGACACAAACUCGAAUGCCAGAGAGGAACGCUAAGACAAAACUUUCAUUUCAUGCCGAUUUCCUUAUGUUCACGCAACGGAACACACACACAUUCACAACUCGAAAACGAGCGGUGAUUAGCUGAAACAUGAGUAUGUGUGCGCGCGAAAUCGGUUUGCCGUGGAGUCACAUUUUUGUCUUAGCGACCGACCAUACUUUUGUUAAAACUCUGUGCUUACACCAUAAGGUACCUAAUUGUGUUAUUUUUCUAUAAAUCCAUAUACAAUAGUGAAUCUCGGCUUUUCUAUCUUUUCUAAAGCAUUUUAUGAAAUCAAGUUUUUGAGUGUGUAUUUGAUUAUUGAAAUGAAAUCACGUAUAAUGCUCUUAAUGUGCAUUUAGCAAUAUAAAUAGCCUUUGGCACGCUGUGAAAUCGAAACUUCUUUUAUUGUAAUAUUAUACUUCACAGCAAGGUUUGUAAUUCACUCUUCACAAUAGAUAAUUAUUCUAACUUUCUAAAUAACUGCAUUUCACUAAAAAUCAUAGACAAGGAGAUAUACUAAGAUUCGUAAAAUGUACAGCGAUCGGCAAAAUUACAUGUCCACAUUAUGGAAUGAAAUUAAUUCAUAAAUUGUCAUGCACUUUUGCAGCUGGUUGUACAGGGCCGUGCAGCGCCUUCUCUCAAAUUUGCGUCAAUAUUCUGAACCACUUUACACGUCUUAGUAUUCGUUUGUAUAUGGUUUAAUUAAAUUGCCAGAAAUUAUCGAUCAACUACAUUUCAAAGCAAUAUUUUGAUGUCUUGAAACACUUGUAAUGUAUAGAAAUCAAAUUUUGAACACAAAAUAAAAAUCUUAUGUAAGUUAAGCAAAAAUAUGUUGAAAUGUUUGCAAUUAUUUUCGCAACAGUUAGGUUAGGCGGUCUUCUCUUUUUAUGCGAUGGUGUGCGAGUAGGACUGCGCUAUAUACGUGCAUAGCGCUGUCUCGCUCAUACACCGGAGAGGCGUCCGCAUGAUAAUCGCGGUAGAUGUUUUUCUAAAUGUAUAGCACAGAAGGAACCUACAUCCCUUCAAUACCCAAGUUACCUAGCAGCCAAAGUGUCGUAAAAAUAGUUUUUUUUUUCCAUAACUUUUUACUCAUAGCUGUUACAUUAGUUUAGAUAAUCUAUAUACUUAGUGGCUCUGUGAGCUGUAUAGGGAGCGUGCAUGAACUGUAGGAGGCAGCACAGGAGCUGUCAGAUUUUUGGCGCGAAGCGUAACUGUGAGGUUUAUUGUUCCGAUGUAGCUCACAAGAUGGCAGAACCUACUGUGCACAAGAAAACACUUGACGUGUAAAUGUGCAUGUUUAUGGUUCCGAUUCAGACCACAAGAUGGCAGACCCUCCAACGCGCACGGUCCCUAUAUCUCGCAAAACAUCAUAGCUGUCUCUGCCAUAAAAAAAAAAACAAAGAGAAGCGAAAACAAAGUCCACACUCGGUUAUCGAUAAGGUUGAUUUAAUUUUGAAGCUUUAUGGAAAUAGCGUCUUAUUGACACUCGACAAUAAGUACCCGUUUGGUUGAAAACGCCACAAUUUUUUGCCUUAAAUGUCAUUGUCAACGUGUCAUUUGAUUCAUUUGAUUGACGUGAAAUGGCCAGUUGAGUGUUAGGUAAAAGAGGUUCUAGAAUCUGUUCAAUGAGGUCUCAUUUAAUUAUUUCAUUAACAUUAUUAUUUCACGGGCCUAUAAAUCCCGGUCUUUUGAUAGGCUUGCGUGGGGAUAUAGAUCCAACACGUAGACGCCCCUUGGAGAGCUAUAAUGUCAUGUAGAACGCCUGUUGGAACCCGUUCACAGGGGCAACAAUAGACACCCAUGAACUUGUCGCAGUAGGUAUUGGGACUAUUGUAGUAAAAGUGAACAGUAUAACGGCCUAUGGAUUGAAGUUUGGGUGGACAAUGAGACUGGGUUAUUGCAAAGCCAUCCGGACACCUGCCAUAACAAUGUUUUCACUAGUUAUCGAGGCAAGCGGUGACUCGCCGCCCACUAGAUGGGCCCCUGAAAAUGCCGUCGUGAAGACGACCAGGAGCAACACCGGUGUGAGCGGCUCAGGGGUGUCGAGAGGUGUACGCCGCUUUCUGCCCAGUGGCUGAUAACAGCCAAAACUCGCGUCUUAUGCAAGUUUUCACUUCCACCCCUGGAGCAUUUAGCUCUAACGACUCCUUUCUGGAUGGCCAAUGAAGUCAAGCCAGAGCUGAGAGUCCUGCGGGUACCCUUGGGGUCCACUCCGACCGACUAAGACACACCGGAGACGGAGACCCUGACGGACUCUCGGGAGUACUCGGGUCCGUGGGGUCGUCACUCCCCAACAGCUCGCCACAUGCUGCCCUGCGGAUUAUUAUUAUUUUUAUUAUAGUGCAAAAUCAAUACAGCAUGCAAUCCAGGCAGCAUUUUUAUGGUCUUUCUAAUGUCAGCUAUGAGUGGAAAUGAUUUGGUUCAUUCUGUGCUAUCAUCACCACACUAGUUCUACCAAUGGUUGCCUUACUAUUAUCGAGGUAUAUCUAUAAUGAAAGCUGUACAUUGAUUUUGUAACAUAACAUUUACAGUCACCUGCAAUAAUACAUUACUCUUCGAAGACAGCAAAAAUAAGUGACUACUUAGGCGGGUCCACACAGAGCGAGCAGCCUUGCGAGGAAAUUUCCUCGCGCGGCAAACGCCCGGCCUCGCGCGGCCGCGUGCUCGUGUAACUUUUGCCUCGGCACGUUUUCCUCGCCCUAGCCAACUGGCGCGGCAAGAUGGCGUCAGUCAGUGAGCUGUUAAAAAUGGCGCCGCACGAAUUGACUGCAGUGGCUUGCGUUUCUUUUAUUUUACUAUUUAAAGCAAUUCAAAAGAAAAGGUAGACACUCGUUAUUAAUAAUUUUUUCCAACGUUGUCGUGUUUUGACGACUUUUAACGUUAGUACGAACAAAAUAACGCGCACCAUAAACAAACAUUUCUACACUGGCGCGCGGCAAUCGUCUGAAGCGCCUUUGAGCAUGCCGAAAAACCGACACCGAGCCGCUCGAUCAAGAUCAUAUCAGAUAUUUUUGCGCCCUUCGUUGUGUAACAUAUUAUCCCAUCUUGACCAGCUACGCACUUGAAACCUCUCUGGUGUUGCAUGGUGUCCAUGGGGGACGGUAAUCGCUUGCCAUCGGGCAAUUCGACUGCUGGUUUGCCUCCUAUAUCAUAAAAAAUCAUAAAAUUAAUACGCGUUAAGUAGUGUAGAACCAUUAAAUAAAUUUGACAGUUCAAGUAGCAGCAUAAUUCGAACGGUUUUAUUUUACCAGACUUAGAUAAUUUUUUCCAUUUUUUUAUUGUAGUGUUUCCCUUCAAUGUUUAACCAUACCAUUUUGGUCCUGUACCUGGACCAUACAUAAUUUAAAGCAAUAAAUGACAUCGAUGUACACUUUCAUUAUUACUGAUAAUAGAGUCUAUUUAAUAAUAAGGCUGUU